AUGAAGUUCUCAACUUCUACUGGGUUGCUGGCGGCCGCCAUCGCCUUGCAAAAUGGAUUCGUAACGGCGGCGCCUACAAAGGUCAUCAAGAUCGACCUUUCCGAGAUCUCAGUUCUGGGUGGAAUGACCUUCAAGAUCCAUCAGCAACCAAACAAGGCAUUCAAGGGAGUACGAAAGGGGCCACUGGCCCUCGCAAGAGCAUACUCCAAGUUUGGGGUUGCAUUCCCAGAUGAUUUGUUGUCAGUCAUUGAGAAGCUCUUGGAAGAGCUGGGUCUCGCCGGGAACAAUACUGGUGGCAACGAAACCACAACUGCAGGUCAAGAAAUAUGCCUCAAGGAACAGAAAAUUGAAAACCGUCGUAUAGGAGAAGUCGCAGCUAUACCAGAAGAGUUUGAUUCCGAGUAUUUGUGCCCAGUCCAAAUUGGAACUCCUCCGCAGACAUUGAAUUUGGACUUUGAUACCGGGUCUUCGGAUCUAUGGGUGUUUUCUUCGUUGACCCCGACAGCUCAAGUCGCUGGGCAGACUGUAUACAGCCCGGAGGAUAGCUCGACUGCUGAGGAGUUGACUGGAAACAGCUGGAGCAUCACUUACGGUGACGGUUCAAGUAGCGGUAACGGUUCAGUGUUCAUGGAUACAGUCUCGAUCGGCGGAAUAACAGUCCAGAAUCAAGCUGUUGAAGUGGCUGAAAAAGUGUCGAGCAGCUUCACUUCCCGGGCCAGCACUGAUGGGCUACUCGGUCUAGCUUUUAGCGAUUUAAAUACGGUUACUCCAAAUCAGCAGAAAACCUUUUUCGACAAUGCGCUGAGCGAGCUCGCAUCACCGCUUUUCACGGCCAACCUCAAGCAGGCUGAGGCUGGAAAUUACAACUUUGGUUUCAUCGACCCAACUGAAUACACGGGUGAUAUAACCUUUGUGCCCGUCAACGCCUCGCAGGGGUUCUGGCAAUUCGAGGCCGCGGGCUUCCGCGUCAACAACUCGACGGCCAUCUCGGCGCCGCACGUGGCCAUUGCCGACACGGGCACGACGCUGCUCUUUGUCCCCGACGAGAUCGCGUCGGCCUACUAUGCCGAGGUGGACGGCGCCGUCAACGACGUCGCGGGCGCCGGCGGAUACACGUACCCGUGUUCCACCACGCUCCCCGGCUUUACCGCCCUCAUUGGCGACUAUGAGGCCUUGAUCCCCGGGUCCAUUAUCCCGUUUGCCCCCGUUGACGGAAACACGUUUGAGGAUGCGACAACGUGCUUUGGUGGGCUUCAGGCCACGCCCAGUGGGCUGCCGUUUAGUAUUUAUGGUGAUACAUUCCUCAAGGCUCAAUUUGUGGUGUUUCAUGGUGGUAACCAGCAGUUGGGAUUCGCAUCAAAGCCAUUAUAG